GGAAUCGAUUCCAAUUCCGGAACCUAUUCCGAUUCCAAAUCCGGAACCGAAUCCAGAGCCGAUUCAGAUUUUGCAAUUGAUUCCCAAAACGAUCCCAACACCGAUUCCCAAGCCGACUCUGAUUCUGGGCCUACCCGACGAAAUCGCUUCCAGAUAUGUUAGGAGCUUGUCGGAAUCGAUAACGACAGCCCAACUUCAUUAUUCCCAUCACUACUCUCGUGUGCAGAAUGCAAUGACCCGUGCUUGUUAGAUAAUCGAUGCACAAAGACGCACGGACAUCUACUCUCCGUUCACUUUUCACUCUCACACCGGCGUGGAAGUGGAAAAUUCUACGCAUCGUGGGGGUGUCCUCAUAAGGGAGAACCAGUUUUUCGCAACUGCUAUACUGCCAGCUGCUGUGGGCUAUUGAAGGGUUGCCGCAUUCGAUGUUGGAGGGGAUUUGUUUAAAAGGAAAAUCUCACCACCGUCCGGAGGACAGUUAGUUGACGCCAUUCGUGACCCACAGUGUGUUCCCCGGCAGUAUGUCCACGUGCGUGCGCGGUGUAGCGUUGUUGGUGGUUAGUUUGCUGCUGCUAGAAUCUCGCGCCUCCGACAUACUGAACGAUGCGCACGUGUACCGUGCCUUCGCGUCGUACGAGGUCGUGCCGGAUGUGAUCGACGAAGCGCCCGACUGUUGGGCCCGGGUGUCGUUUAAAAGUGGCCGCCAGGCGGAAGGAGGUAAUCGGCUAACGCCAACACAAAUACGAAACCCUCCGGUUGUGAGCUGGAACGCGAACGAGCGUGCGUUGUACACGCUGAUCCUGACCGAUCCGGACGUACCGUCACGGGAUGAUCCACGCUAUCGGGAGUUUAUCCACUGGGCUGUGGGGAACAUCCCCGGCAACGAUAUCGAUCGGGGUGAAACGCUUGUGGAGUAUCUGGGAGCGGUGACGCCACGGGGCACAGGGUUGCAUCGGUUCGUGCUGCUGGUGUUUGAGCAUCUGCAGAAGCUGGACUUUUCGGCGGAACCGAGGAUCACGGCACAGUGCGGUACGGUGCGGCGAUACUUCUCCACGCGCAACUUUACACGCAAGUACGAUUUGAGUGGCGUGUACGCGGGCAACUUCUUCCAGACGCAGUACGACGAUUACGUGAACACGCUGCAGGCACAGCUGCGCGAAUGUGAGAGCGAGCGUUCGCUGAACGAACUGAACGGCGCGCGCAAUGGAACCGUUUUCGGUGGACCGUAGGUGGAAGAAGGGUUAGCCCAGUGCUGCCACUGUUGCUUGGUAGGGGCUGCGACGUGUGUAAAUGUGGGGAAGGGGGUCUUCAUUUAUAGGGAAGAGACGUGUGUGUGUUUUGAGAAGUAAAUAGCUUUUUUAUGGUGGAAUCAGUAGUUGUAAGAUAAACGUAACAAAAUCAAAAUUUCUUAUAAAAAAUCUCAACAUGGUUCAGCGUAAUAGAAUAAUAUAAGAAUAGUGGUGAUACAGAUAAAUAGACAUCCAAAAAUUACACAA